GUCGCCGCGGGAGAGGGCGAUGCGACGUCCGUGUCAGGCAGAGAAGCCGCCUCUAUUGAACAGCCAGAGUGGUCGCUGACUCUGGGAGUGGCUGCACCGCGGCGAGCCCGGUUCCCCCGUCGGCCACCACACCGCUGGACAUCCCACGCGCCGCGUGAAACCCACGGAGCCCCUGGGGGCCUCGCGAAGCAGCAUCUCCAGCGGCAACUUCUCGGCCAUCCCGACGCUGCAGGCCAGGCAGCAGACACCGAGAUCGAUCUCUGCCGGCCGGCGACCGAGCCGGCAGCGCGGGAAGGUGUGGCAUGCUGGCGGAGCCCGGCAGCGUCACCAGCAGCGCCACCAGGAGUGGCGAGUGUGGCGGAGGCGACGGGCCCGGUCGCUGCCAGCGCCGGGGAGUGGAUCCCGAAGCAGCAGCGUGCGCGUCCAGCGAGGCCCGCAGGCAGGGCCACGUGAGUGCAGCGGUCAUGCCCUGAGAUGCUGCUCCCGGGACUGUUGCUGCUGCUGGCUUGGGCCAGCAGCGUCCAAUCACGGGAACGUUGCGAAGACAUCACCAUCCCUAUGUGCAAGGGGAUUGGCUACAACCAGACGUCCAUGCCGAACCAGUUCAACCAGGACACGCAGGAUGAGGCCGGCAUGGAGGUCCACCAGUUCUGGCCGCUCGUCGAGAUUCAGUGCUCGGACGACCUCAAGUUCUUCCUGUGCUCGCUCUAUACGCCCAUCUGCAUGGAGGAAUACGCGGGUAGCGUCCCGGCCUGCCGCUCCGUGUGCGAGCGAGCACGCGCUGGCUGUGCCCCCAUCAUGCGCCAGUACGGGUUCGCAUGGCCAGAGCGGAUGAACUGUGAUGCGCUGCCGCAGUAUGGUGACCAGGAACAACUUUGCAUGGACGCCAAGGAGGGGGCUCGGCCAGACACUGCCGACAGCAACUUGGUAGCCGUGCCACCUGUGCUUCCUCCACCAGCCAAGGAGCGUCCCCGAGGAGGUUCAUCCUCGCGCACACGACCCUACGGACGGGAGCGACUCCCUGGAUCCGGUGGCCGUGGUUCCAUGUCCGAGUGCGAAUGCCAGUGCCACGCGCCGCUCAUUAACACGUCGGACCCGCACUUCUAUUCGCGCGGCAUGUGGUCGCGUCCACCUGAGUGCGCGCUGCCCUGCCGGAUGGUGUACUUCAACGGCUACGACCAGACGUUCGCCACCUACUGGAUCAGUACCUGGGCGGUGCUGUGCUGCGUGUCCACCAGCGUGACGGUUCUCACAUUUCUGAUGGACACCGCGCGUUUCCGGUACCCAGAGCGACCGAUUAUAUUUCUGUCCUUCUGCUACCUCAUGGUGUCUGUUGGUUACCUCAUCCGGCUCGCUAUGGGCCACGAACCCAUCGCCUGCGACGGCAACGUCGUACGUUAUUAUGUGAACAGCCGACCGUUCGCUUGCACACUCGUGUUCAUCCUGCUCUACUUCUUCGGCAUGGCCAGUUCCAUGUGGUGGGUCAUCCUGACGCUCACCUGGCUGCUGGCUGCAGGUCUCAAGUGGGGCAACGAGGCUAUUGCUGGCUACUCUCAAUAUUUUCAUAUCGUCGCCUGGGCUGUUCCCACAAUUAAAACCAUUGUGGCUGUUCUCCUGAGUGCUGUUGAUGGCGACUCUGUAGCGGGCGUUUGCUACGUAGGCAACCAAGACCUGGCAAACCUUCGAGGCUUCGUCCUGGGUCCGCUCUGUCUCUACCUCCUGCUGGGCACGUCAUUCUUGCUUGCGGGUUUUGUGUCCCUUUUUCGCAUCCGAUCUGUUAUACGCGCCCAGGCCCGCGCCAAGGCCGACAAGCUGGAGAAACUCAUGAUUCGCAUCGGCAUCUUCUCCGUGCUCUACACUGUCCCAGCCACCGUGGUCAUCGCCUGCUACUUCUACGAGCACCACUAUCGCGAGCCCUGGCUGCGCCGCCUACGCUGCCCGUGUCCGCGCAACAACGAAGCGCCGCGGCCACAUUUCUUCAUGUUCAUGGUCAAGUACUUCAUGUGUCUAGUCGUCGGCAUCACCUCGGGCUUUUGGAUCUGGUCAGGCAAGACGCUCGAGUCCUGGUGGAACUUCUACGCCCGUCUCUGCGGAGGACGCCGCCGCAGGGGACGCAGCGUCGCCGGUGGUGGCGUCGGUGAUUUCCCCGACCCCCAUGUGCGGACAUUCAAGCAGUCCAUGAGCCCCGUCAGCCACAUCGGCCAGCUGUCCAGCCAUGGUGGAAAGCAGCUGCCUCUCUCGCACGUCUGAACCAGCUAGCCGGCGCUUGCUGACGCUCGCUGCCGUCUAGUCCUACAGCAGUUCCGCGCUUCGUUCCCGACUGCCAGGUGCCGUGGGCCGCGAGCGAGUCAUGCUGAGACCUCUUUCGCUCCUCCUUAUCAUUUAUGUGUGCUCGAUUCCUACGGGAGCGCACCUAAGGGCCAGGAAAUGAACCGCAUUUGAACGCGGAAGGUUUGGAGAUAUCGCCGGCCACAUAGUCAAGUAAAGAGGGCCAUGUUAAUAGAAAGAGCUGAGUAAUUCAAUCUUCAGGAGCUUUGUACAUGUAUCUCGUUUGCUUGCUUUUUGGCAUAAUUCAUGUUUAAGUCCAGCAAGUGAGUGCUUUAGCCUUUUCUUUCCGAAAACUGAUAGCUGCCGGGAAACGGCUACUGGAAGGCAGAAGUGCCGAAAGCGCACAACUCAGAGCGCACAUUGGGCAUUAGUGCAGACUGUAGAACGUGAUUGGCAACGUAAAUGUCCGAGAAACGUUUUCGUAGUGUUGGGAGAAAAUAUUUGUAUGUAGCGAAACGUCACUCGUAUCUAACUCGGUCAAAACGUCCAUGGAAUGUUUUGGAGAGAACGAUGAACUUAAUCUCCCUCUACGAUAAGUGGCUGUGAUGUCAGUGCGCGCAUGUCUUCGCGGGCAGCGGCAGCGUUCCACUGAGUAUGCGGUCGAGUGAUCAAGUUUCAUAGAAGCCCUCUUGAAGUUCUUGUGUUUUUUUGUGUGUGUUUUUCCCCCAAACGUCUGUUUUUGUCAAAUACCGUACAAUGUGUAGGCGUGUAUAAAAUUUCUGGUUUUCGGUGCGUCUUUUUUCUUUUUUUUCAUGAUUUGAUUUAAUAAUUUGGCGUUACGUUUAGUAAGAUAGAAUUGGCGUUUAAAGAUGUCUAUUGCUCAGAGGCGUGAUACCACCUGAUAAAGUCAGGGAAAUAACGCGAAGGUGCAAAUAGCGGGGCACGAAAGUUGGAGAAAGUGUAGUAGUAGCCGAGUUUUAUCGUAACUGGUGUCUACAGUUUCAUCGAUAAAAAAGGUGUCUAUAUUUUUUUAUACGCACCUAAAACCAGAACUCCUAGGCGCACAUAUCGGUACAAAUGCGUGUUCUAUUCAUUUUUUUGUUCUCAACAUUUUUGCCAAUCAUUCGUGACAGAAUCAAUUCCUGGAGAUUGGGCUCAUGAAGGAUUGUAGAGCUCCAUACUCGUUUAUGCCUCCAUUGCAAGGCAAAUAUACGCCGGAUACGUGUUGUAACAGUGCCAUUCUGCUUCGUGCCACGUGCAGUAAAGCAACGAGCCCGUAAAUCAAACCGCACAAUCAAUGUAACUCAGAAGGAAAGCGUCGCCACGACGGCACGCCUCUGUAUGUUUGUUUCUCACGACCAUCGUUUUUGAACACCAUCGAACGAAGCUAGACUGCGAUGUUCCCAACUGUCCGUGUUUCAACAAACUAUUUUCAUGUGACUCGCGCUACGCUCACAGCGCAUUCUGGUUCACUUGCCUAAAAUUUCAAAAGGAUUUUUUUAUUUCAUUUGUUGUGUCUGUCAUCUCCGACUUCUCCCGUUUUCCCGUUUUUUGAAAGAUCUGAAGGCCCGUUCACAAACUUGCCUUUGACUAGGACCGACUGAAAAGAGACCGGUUUUUAAACCUCUUGCGACGACUUACGACCGACUGCGCAACAAUGCAGUCAGUUGUAGUCAAACGCAAGUUUGUAAACGGGCCGACUCGCUUUCCUCCGUGGCCAGGCCAAGACGCAGCACGCUUGUCAGGCCGAAGGCGAGAUCCACACGACCCCCGAAAUUCGAUACAUGCCACAAGAGAAUUGGACGAGUGGUAGGCAAGGCGUCGGCGUUUCUCUUUUCCGUUCCCGGUAUGUCGCCUCAGGAGCUCCCCUCCUAGUCUUAUCCCUUUUGGAGAGAAUAAGGGACGCCCGAGAGCGACGGCUGAACAACGGGGGCACAAACACGGCCGAAUUUGCCUCCUGCUCUUGCGGUAGUUUUCUGAAGAGCCCCAAGUUUGUGUGAGCCCGCAGCAGGAGGUCGCCUCCCGCUAUUGGUAUGCAGCGCGCGCGACUCAGCCCAGUCUGAUCCAUUUCGCCUCGUUCCGACUGGUCGCUUUGCGUCCCGGCGAAAUGGCGUUUCCCGUUGCCUGUACAUAACGCCGCUGUACCUUGCUUGGCGACCCCCCUUCUCCCCCAUUUUCUCCUCGCGCGCCAGACUCGUUAACGAAACACGUGAUCUGUGGUCCGUCUAGGAUGAGCCAAAUGGGGCACGCCACACCCCCGUGUCUUGUUGCACAAAGAGCAGUUUGAAUGCAACCUGGAGUCUCCAGGGCCAUGUUCCGGCGCGGGAUUCCCAGGUUUCACCGGAUAAGAUCGCUAGAAAGAGUCCAAAGCUGGGCACUUUGGCGUAGAAAUUCACCAUUUACUUUAGUCUGAGUAUGAUUUCUCUUUUUAAACUUGGUUUUAUCUUAAUAGUUUUACUUUAUUUUCUUUGGUCUUAUCUUAACGUGCUUACCUUCCCUGGCAAAGUAAGGCCAAGGAUGUUGAAACGCUUGAUUGGUCAUGAGGUUCAACGUUAGUUUAAUGUUUGUCUGUUUGCUCUUUCUGAACAGGUAUUCACAGCCUGAUUAAUUCUUCGCGUGUAGACGAGCAGAGAGGGCAAGGACACUCGGGUUUGAUGAUUGUACAGACAAAAGAAAACAAAUGACCAUAGAAAAGACUCUUUCGAAGGUUUUGCGACGGCAGGAUCAAUAGUGAGCCGAGUAGGAGAACACCAUGUGCUUGCUCAAUGGGACAAACUAAGUGUGCUCGCUGUUUUUGGCCACAUUGGUUAUUUAGGUGUUACGCGUAAUCCGCCUGUCCUCCAUCCCAACCUUAACAUCCUCGUCUCAUCUUCGAAUGUUUCAACUGGUCACUGUUGUCAGAAGGAAGUCCCUUCGUGCCACAUCGAACCAGGCCUGUACUUCCGGAGUAGCGUUGUCCAAACUAUCCCAUGUUCGUUCUCUUCUACAUAAUUUCUAAUUUAGGGCUCAGUUCGAAUUACUCUGCUUUGUUGUCUCCGGUAGUUAGACUAAAUCACAAGUUACACGAUAUAGACUGGAAAAAACCAGGGGUUAUUGGAUGCGAUCAAAAUUACUAGAAAUCACGCCGAAUUCAAGCUUCCUGAAAGAACAGCCCUUUAAGCUUUGCUGCUGCUCUUAGAAGCUGAGUGAAAUGCAAGAUGCACGAGGGAAGCUUUUCUUACAGGCGUACCCAGGGGAAUAGCCAUUUAACGCCCACUCACGGUUAAUCCCGGAAAAGAAGGAACAUAUCACGAGCGGCCAACCAUGAUGCGGUUUCAUUGAUUUUCCAUUUUCCUACCAAGACAUGUUCGUGUCAACCACUACGACACAACCGACAGGGUCCCCACUGACACAAAACUCAGUAUAUUACAUAUACGUGCUCAUGUUUUUUUCGUUUGUCAUAUAUGUUCUGUUCGCAUAGCUAUAUGUAUACUCGUGUACAUUCUGUUUAUAAGAGAAUUUUUGCUAUUGUCAUUACCAUUAUUACUAUUAAUUAUUGCAUAACGUGAUCACUUCCGUCGCUAUUGAGUAUCGUGGGACAUCCGUUGAGUGUGUAUAAUUUAAUGUACAUUGCCAUUAAAAAAGUAUUGUUAAUACAAGCUA